CAACAUUGCCAUUUUCGGAGCUACACAGCCGACGCGCCUCAACACAGAAUCUUCUCAGCAAUUCGUUGAUCAAGCGGCAGGGACUUUUGAUGAAGGCGCCGCACUGAGUCCAAGCGAAUAUCGGACGUUCGCCAGGAUGAGUGCUCAAGUGGGCGCCCCGCGGGGCGAUGUGACAGAGCAGACCACUGCUGAAGUCCCAAAAGGCGAAAAUGGGACAAGUACUGAUGUCACCAGCGAUGAAGAGUCUUCAAGUGUAGAGUCGGACGAGGAAGAAGUCGACGAAUCAUCUGCCAAGCCCAAAGUCGAGGAUGAUGGAACGGAGACUCUACCGCUGUACCGCAAGCUGCAAUCUCGACGAGUCGACCUGGUUGGCGACUAUGCUGGAGACGAGCUUUUCCUGAUCGAAGGCGACUCGAUGCUGCGGAGAUGUUUGGAUGACGAGAAGCUGGACUUUUCUCCUGGCUUGCAACUUCUGCACGCAGUCUACAACGUGGAACAUUUCCUUCAUCAAUUGGUUAAGAGGAAGUGCAAUUUCAACAUCAUAUUCUUCGAGAGCAAUAGGAAGCUCUGUCUUCCUCCGCUCGCAGACGAUGCGACUGCCAGCCGAUUUUACCUGACAAGGGCGGCCGUGAUUCGCCACUUGCAAGCGAACAUUGCAAGAGUCCACCCAGACAUUCAUAUCGAUGUCUUCGAUUCUUGGAACUCGCCCACUUUCAUUGACUACCUUAAAGAAACAUCUCCGUACUUCUUGAUGGCGCACGAUGGAGCACGAGCCGUUGACCGCAAGUCCAAUCGAAAUGUAGACGAUUUGGACUCGCCCUCACCGAAAGCUCACAGAGUUGCGCUGCGGCAGAUGAUUCUGUCUUUCAUCGGACGGGGUUACAACGUGGCACUGGUCAAUGGACUUGAAUGGCGCGAUACCAAAGUCAUGACCAUGGUGCUAGAGACAGGGAGACGCACAGCGAAACUUGCGAAAAGUGGGCUUCAGUUCACCCCUAACAGCUCCAGCCUGCCACAACUGGAUGUGACAGCAGACCUGGGGAAACUUCGGUCACAAUCGACUGGUCUGUCGCAUAGGCAGUGUUUGGCAGUGUUGACGAUUGCAAGCAUGUUUCGUGAGAAUGCCAACGUGGACGUGGCAGUAGCUGCCCGUCUUGGCGCCACUUUCCUGCUUCACACUGCUCUUCUUGAGCAUCUCCCGAUAUCAGGACGCCGUGUGCAAGUGAGCGGUGCGAGCAAUGAGAUACAGGAUUUCCUUAAUGGCCUGUCAGCUACUGCUGAAGCCAUUUUGAACAGUGCGAGCUUCGACGAUCUGAAGGGGAGCGAGAAUGCGGUGGACAUAUUCGACUUCAUCGACGGCCGCUUAUUUCUGAACGUGGCAAACUCAAAGCCACAGGUCACGUCUGAGGUGAAGCGUACGCUUGACGAGCUUCUGGCGGCCCUUCAUGCCAUCUCGCAACAGGCAGAGAUCGACACCAGCGCUAUGCCAUCUGAGUCGGCUGAUGCAAAGCCCAUACCAGCCCAGGAGGCUCCAGCAGAGAAGACUGUAAGGGUCCUGCCAUUUGCCAAUCAGAUAUUCGACAAGCAUCUCGACUUGGUGAAGAUUAAGACUACAUCAGCAGAAUCUCCAGGCAGUGCUCAGGCGCAGAGAAUUUUUCGCGAGGUCACCCAUUGGCACAAUUACAAGAAGCCAAUCGCCGCCAAACCUGUGGCUGUUGCACCAACAGAUACGAAGGAAGCCAGGAAGAAAGCUCGCGAGGAUCGCAGAAACCAGCUGUUUAUGGCUGAGAUGCGGACAUACGCAGCUUCUCUAACAAACGCGGUGGGCAAAAGCCUGGAACCCGAGACCAUCAUCGUCGGUGCUGUCAAACAGGCUCCAAUCAAGAGUGGCACUGCUUCACCAGCAGACUCCGACACCGACAGCACGAGCUCGGUGCAGAGCAAAGGCAAAUCUGGAGGAAAGAAGGGCGGCAAGACUGCUCAGAAGAACGCCGGCAAGCAAGCCAUGCUCAACAACAUCGCGGCAGCGAAAGCCAAGAAGGAUGAGAGUGCAAGUGACAAGAUCCAUGCUGCGUGGCAAGUCUCUUGCAAAGGCUUUGAGGCGGACAAGGAUCCUCGAGGACGUUACCGCAAGGCGAAAGAGUACCUUACCAACAUCCAGCCGGCUUGGAGGGAAGUUUUUGGGGCUGAAGGAGAGCUCUAUCUCGUCAGCAACCUCCUUCACUUCUGGACAGAUGCAUGCCGCCGUGGCGAAAAGAAAAGCAGAGCACAAGUUGCCGCCUUGAUCUGGGAUCACUGCCGCCGUAUCGCGCAGCAUGGAGUAUUGUCAAAGACAAUCGCGAAGAACCUGGAAUUGACACGAACAAGUCUUAACCUCCCACCACUUCCGGCCUACACAGAGGGCUCAGUCGACAGGAAAUUGGCUUUCACCUUCGCACUUUCUGGCAAAUCAGAUGGUCUCGCAGUCGAGCUGCCAUCGCGCGAAUUCCAAUUGAUCGAGUGUGGGCCUUACCUUGAGCGCUCCUUCGAUUCGAAAUCCGACCACCGUGUCGAUUUCAAGCCUGAUGGCUGGCAGCGUACUGUGCUAGACACCAUUGACGCUGACAAAUCUGCCUUUGUUGUUGCUCCCACAUCUGCUGGUAAAACAUUCAUCUCCUUCUACGCCAUGCGAAAGGUCCUCGAGGCGGACGACGACGGCGUACUCGUAUACGUCGCCCCUACAAAGGCACUCGUCAACCAAAUUGCCGCAGAAGUGCAAGCACGAUACUCUAAGAAGUUUAAGUACGGUGGCAAGUCCGUUUGGGCUAUUCACACGAGAGAUUACAGAAUCAACAACCCGGUGGGUUGCCAGGUUCUUGUCACGGUACCUCAUGUACUUCAGAUCAUGCUUUUAUCCCCAGCUCACGCCAACACGUGGUCAUCGCGCGUCAAGCGUAUCAUUUUCGAUGAGAUUCAUUCUAUCGGACAAGCCGAGGACGGAGUUGUUUGGGAGCAGCUGCUUUUGAUGGCGCCAUGCCCCAUCAUCGCACUUUCGGCCACCGUUGGCAAUCCCAAGGAAUUCAGUGACUGGCUUGCGACCACACAGCAAGCGAUUGGGAAGGAGUUGGUGACAGUGCACCAUCCAUACCGUUACUCUGACCUGCGCAAGUACUUCUAUGUCCCACCCAAGAAGUUCGGCUUCCACGGAAUUUCGGCGAAGAGAGCAUUCGGGUCUCUUGGUCUCGAAGGCCUCACUGGAUUCAGCUUCAUUCAUCCUGUUGCAGGACUGAUGGAUAAAUCUCGUGGCAUCCCCAAAGAUCUUUCGCUUGAGCCACGUGAUUGCUUUACUUUGUGGAAAGCAAUGACCAAGUUCGAGACUGAGAAGCACAAGGUACCUGCCUCUCUGAGCCCGGCUAAGGCGUUACCCGAAGUCUCUCGCAAGAUUGAUAUCCUGAACUGGGAGAAAAACUUGAAGAAUCUUCUCAGCGAUUGGCUGAACGAUCCAAGCUCGCCAUAUGAUAAAGUUGUGCAAGAACUGGGGCAAGAGUUCCGGAACGAAGCUCGCGAAGAGGUCUUUGCAACUGAUCCCGAGCAGACAGACACUGGUGCAUUGACGCGGAUCGAGGAAGAUCGUCCUGCCUCGUCGACUCUAGCACUCCUGUGCCGCCUCCACGAGCAGGACGCAAUCCCCGCGAUCUUCUUCAAUUACGACCGCCAUGAGUGCGAGCGUAUUUGCAAAGAGGUUGUUGGCCAGUUGCAAUCAGCUGAGGAGAAGCAAGUCAAGAGCGGUCCAAAGUGGGCAAAGACACUCGAGCGCUUCGAGGAGUACAAGAAGAUUAAGGCCAAGAACAACGCCCGCAACGCCAAAGCUACCGCGAAGAAGACAAAGUUGCAGGGAGAAGGAGACGAGAAGGGCUCCAAAAACGACCUCGAACGCGAUGGAACUGAUGAUGGAGUAUCCAAGUGGGAGUCAUUCGAUCCUGACGCUCCCUCGGAGAACUACCAUUUCGCAGACUACACGAAAGUGUUGAAAUCCGAUCUUGAGAUCUUAGUGCGUCAAUUGCGACGUCGCGAGGUUCCCGAGUUUUUCAUUGAAGCUCUUUAUCGUGGAAUCGGUGUCCAUCAUGCUGGUCUCAACAGAAAGCUCCGCCAGAUCGUCGAAAUCUUGUUCCGCAAAGGAUUCUUGAGAGUAAUCAUCGCAACCGGGACACUCGCGCUGGGUAUCAACAUGCCGUGCAAGACUGUAGUCUUCUCCGGCGAUUCAGUCUUCUUGACGGCUCUCAACUACCGCCAGUGUGCAGGACGAGCAGGACGACGUGGAUUCGACUUGCUUGGAAAUGUGGUCUUCCAAGGUGUUUCUCGCCAGAAGGUCUGCAGACUGCUCAGUUCUCGUCUGCCAGAUCUCAACGGUCAUUUCCCGCUGACGACUACUCUGGUCCUGCGUCUUUUUACCCUGUUGCACGAAUCGAAGGGCUCCAAAUAUGCCAAUAGCGCUAUCAAUGCUCUGUUAUCGCAGCCACGCAUGUACAUGGGUGGCAAGUCAUUCAAAGAGCAGACGAUGCACCAUCUCCGGUUCUCGAUUGAGUAUCUACGACGCCAACAACUGCUCGGAAACGACGGCGCGCCUCUGAACUUUGCUGGACUCGUGUCGCACUUGUACUUCACAGAAAACUCGUCUUUUGCUUUCCAUGCUCUCCUCAAAGAAGGCUACUUCCACAAGCUCUGCGCUGAGGUGGAAAAGAAUGAGAAAGGCACCUUGGAGUCCUUGAUGCUCGUGCUAUCUCAUCUCUUCGGUCGGAUCGAAUGUCGACAGUCUGAUGAGGAAUACCGUAAGAAGGUCGUUAAGCCAUCAUCGUCUGUCGUUUUUCUGCCGCCGAUGCCAAAAUCCGCCUCCGAUAUCUUGGUGGAACACAACAAGCAGACGCUUUCCGUCUACCGCGGAUAUGUUGCGACCUUCGUCGAUCAGCACAUCAAGGACGAAGACCGCAAACUGCCUCUAUCAGGUAUUAACGCGGGCCCAGAUGGGUCUUCGGCACCAGCGAGCAUCCCUUCGCUGCCACCGUCUCGUCUCAGAUCAUCUUUCGUUGCACUGUCUGGAGCUGGAGAUGAAUUCGAGAAUAUCCACGAUCUCUGUCACACGGUCCGAGAUGGCGUGUUCCUCGAGGAGGCUGUAAUCCCGCACAUGGAUGUCUACCCAGAGGAGCUGGAAGUGCCAUUGAACGCCUAUCUGUUGGACUUCUUCAAGCACGGAGAUGUGCACACAAUCGAACGUGCCAACCGCGUUUCUCGUUCGGAUAUUUGGUUCCUCCUGAACGAUUUCUCCCUCGUUUUGGCAACCAUCAUCACCAGCCUCAUGAAUUUCAUGAAGAUCAGCGAAGCUACCGAUCUGGACAUGCUCGAGGUCAUGGGCAACAUGGAUGCUCACGAGGAGGCAGAGGAUGAUAAGGUUGCAGCGACUGAGACUGAGAGUACUGUCUCUGGUCCAAGCGUUGGCGGAGACAGUGCGGUCGGUCUCGUUGACCGCACUGCAACCAGCACUGGCAGACCGGCAGCUCCGACCAAGAAGCAAGCGAAGAAUGCAGACAGCUGGGAGGACUUGGCUGGAAGCGAGGACGAAGACGAUGUUCAGGCUGCGCUUGAGCACUCUGUUGGUGAGGAGGCUGAGGCUCUUGCACAAGAGCUGGCAAACAGUGCCUGGGAUGGUGAAGGUGGUGAGGGUUUGAAGAACGUCCUGAAGGCUUUCCAAAAGUUGCACGCCGAGUUCACUGUCAAGUUCCGCGCCAUGUGGGCUUAGAUGUGGGCAAAUGGAUCAAUAGAGUUAGAUUGCAGAAUAGAACAAGACUGCCGGGACGAAUGCUACUGUUCUUGCA